CAAAGAAGGCUAAUGUUCUGCUUGUUGAGCAUCUGUAGUGGAUUGAAGAGGCUGCUUGAAAACGAGAAAGCCUACCAGAUAAAGAAAGAAAACGAGCACUCCAAACGCCUGGCCAAGGUGCGAGAGGAGCUGGUCAAACUCAAGUCCUUUGCCUUGAUGUUGGUCAACGAGCGCCAACAGCACCUGGAGCAAAUGGACCAACAGAGCCAACGGGCUCAGGAGCUGAGUCAGCAGCUACAGCAGCGGGACCAGGCACUGAGCGAGGCAAAGGAGCGCGCGCAGGAAGACGGCCACAGGGUGCAGAAUCUAGAGGCUGAGCUGAAAGAGAAAUCUGGCAAGCUCACUCAGCAGCACGAGGAGAUGAGUGCCAAGCUGGCCAGUCAGGAGCUCCAAAGCCGUCAACUUAAUGCCAAACUCCUGGGGCUGACGCACAAGCUGGAAGAGCUAGAAGAAGGCAACAAAACCUUGAGGAAAUCUGAGGAGGAGCUGCAGGAGCUGAGGGAGAAGAUCAGCAAGGGAGAGUGUGGAAACUCCAACUUGAUUGCUGAAUUAGAGAACUUGCGGAAGCGCGUGCUGGAGAUGGAAGGAAAAGAUGAGGAAAUUACCAAGACAGAAAAUCAGUGUAAAGAGCUGAGGAAGAGGCUACAAGAGGAAGACGGAAAAAGCAAAGACCUCAGGCUGGAAGUGGAGAAACUCCAAAACAGAAUGAUGGAGUUAGAAAAACUAGAGGAUGCAUUCAGCACUAGCAAGGCUGAGUCUGCCCAGUUACAGACUGCUCUGGAACGAGAGAAGGGCCUGACCAAGGAGCUUUCAGAUGAAGUUGUAGCUCUCAAGAUUCGCAUGAAAGAGCUCGAGUCUUCUGAAAUCAAGUUGGAAAAAUCAGAGUUGAGUCUUAAGGAUGACCUGAGUAAGCUCAAAUCUCUGACGGUUGCUUUGAUGGAUGAGCGAAAAACUCUGAUUGAAACUAUGAAGUCUGACGAGAAGAAAAAAGAUGAUUUGAGCAAGAUGGUCAAAACUGAGCAGGCUAAAGUUAUGGAGGUGACUGAGAAACUGAUAGAAGAAAGCAAAAAGCUUCUGAAAUUGAAAUCGGAGAUGGAAACCAAAGUCGAGACUUUAACCCUUGAAAAAGGGGAACUAAGCUCAAAGCUGUCUUAUGAAAUUGAUAAAACUAACGAUCUUAACUCCAAGGUCACGCAAAUGAAAAAGAGGUUAGAAGGGCUGGAGCAAGCAGAAAAGCUGUCUGUGAAGAAUUCAGUCAAAUGUGAACUGACCAAAAUGUCUGACCACAUGAAAAAGGAGGACAACAAGGUCAAGGAGCUAACGUUCGAAAUUGAGCGCCUGAAAAACCGCCUCAGACAACUGGAGGUGCUGGAGGGGGAUCUGAUCAAGACAGAGGAUCAGUACGAUAUGUUGGAGAAGAGGUUUAUGACUGAGCAGGACAAAGCCAACAUUCUUUCCCAGCAGGUAGAGGAAAUGAGGAAUCAGAUAGCGCGGAACAAAGCAAUUGAGAAGGGAGAGGAAGAAAGCCAGGAGGAAGACCUCCGACAACGCUGCAAGAAGGAGGAGGCCAAAACCAGGGAACUACAAGCUGAUGUGAUAGCCCUCAAGGAGAAGAUCCAUGAACUGAUGCACAAGGAAGAUCAACUUUCGCAGCUCCAAGUAGACUACUCUCUCCUGCAGCAGAGGUUUUUGGAAGAGGAGGAGAAAGCCAAGAAUAUGGGCACUGAAGUUUUCCAUCUCACCAAAGAGCUGGAAGUAGCCAAACGGCACAGUAGAGCGCUACGGCCAAGCUUAAAUGGCAGGAGGAUAGUGGAUGUUGCCGUCACAUCCACUGGAGUACAAACGGAGGCGUCCUCCAAUGGGCCAUCGGAGGAAGAUACCCCUGCUGGGUUCAUCAGAAAGUCUGUCCAAGAAGAGAAUCAUAUCAUGAAUAAUCUCAGACAGAGAUGUCUGAAGAAGCCCGCAGAAAAGCACAGCGCUGUUGAGCGCUGUGCUUCAUCCAGCAGUGACUUGGGCAUCAAGAAAUCCUGGAUUCCCUGGAUGAGGAAAAAGGACAGCUCCAACCAGGAGACCCAUCUGGAAAAGAGUCUGCAAAUCAAUGGGAAUCAUUUACCCACUGAACUGACCAUGUCCCCAAAGCAAGGCCAGCCUUUACACAUCAGAGUAACACCAAACCACCAAAGCAACAUGGCCACUCUGGAAAUCAGCAGUCCGACGACUGAAGAUGUUUUCUCGAGCUCAGCUCCCCUCAGCCCCAACCCAUCGCAACCAAAAUCCAGAAUAACAAUCAUUCCUACCUACUCUGCUCCGACCCAUCGCAGAAAAGCCCCCACAGCCCCGCAGGGCCCUGAAAGAGCCAAGUCUCCAGUCACCAUCACAGCCAUAUCUCGAGCCAAGUCCCCCGAGAGUGGCAGAGCCUCCUCUACUACCUCAGGAAGGCCCUUGUCCCCGGUCUCCAUCAUGACAGUGAGCACCGCUGUUGUGCCUGAAGCGUCCGCCUCCCCAGAGCCCCAGGAGAUGACCAUGGGCCGCGCUGUGUUCAAGGUCACACCUGAGAAGCAGAUGGUCCCAAUGCCUGUAAGAAAGGGUCCCAGCAACACCAGCAUCAUCACCACCACCGACGACAACAAGAUCCACAUUCAUCUCGGCAACAGCAACAACCCAAAGAUGGUGGUGCGCCCAGUGGCCGCUGUGACGGAGAGCAAGGAAAUGACUUUAUCCACAGGGACGGUUUUGCGUUCCCCCCGCCAGAUCACCACCACCGCUACCAGGAGCACACAGAGCAAAGUGAUGAGCAGUAUAACCAUUUCCCCCGUCACCUCCACCUCUUCCAGACCCACACAGACCCCGACCGGGCAUGAUGCCCAGGCACCUCGCACAGGGCUGACCCGCAUCCCGAUGUCCAAGAGCCUGAAGACAGGAAAGACUGUGCUGGGAUCCCUGGGGAUAUCGAGCGGAGUGAAGCUGGAGUCACGUGCAGAGAGUCAGUCGAUGAGGAUAGAAGUUAAAAAGUCCAAUGUGAAUAGCAGUGCCCUUCAAAACGGAGGAAAAGUCUGACCGAAAUAAUUGUACCAAGACUUUGACAUAUCAAUAUGGUGCUAAAGGAAUACAUUAUAAAGCACAAUGGCAUUUCUUUAUUUUUAGCAGUUAAAAAAGCCAAUAUUUUAUGUAUUUUGUUUUCUUUUUUUUUUACAUGUAUGCCUCAUAUAAAUGUGUUGAAACAUAUACAUUGUUUUGACUGUGUGUAUUUCCAUGGGCAUUUGGGUUAGAAAUAUCAGACUUUGUUGCUACUAACAGGCUCUUGCUUUGAGUGGAUGUUUCAUAUAUAAAGUGUUUGACAUGUUUUA